GAUUUUUCGAGCCAAGUUAUGGUUGUGCGAAAAAUGUGGAGUGAUUGAGUUUUUCCGGUAGCGAAACCUUUUUGGGGUCAAUAGAAGCCCGUUUUCAAGUUUUGCUUUUUUCAUGAUUUUAUCAUCAUGUAGGACUAUGAGAUUUAUCAAGUAUCAUAAUACAAGACGCGUUCUCCUCUAAUAUUCCCUGUAAACUCUUAUUAACAUUGAAUGAAACUGUGGGACAAACAAAUCGACAUUGUUCUGGCUUUUUUCGAAAAGUUGCAAAGAAAUGGUAAAAAAUGUGCCUAUGCUGAAAAAAUUUCGUUCAUCUUUUGCUAUUGACUGUGUGACUUCAGCGAGAGUCGUUUAAAGGACGUCUUUCUGAGUCCAAAAACGCCGCAAAGAUGGGGCAGCAGUGCGUGCGAGAUACGUGCCAGCGAGGUGGCGGCGAUGGCACUGAGUUUACGUUGGAUCCAACAGAGCAGCCAAAAACAUAUACGCUUGCACCAGUAUUAAUCAGACACAUGAUGACAAAAGGCUUUGUGCUGUUCCUUGACUUUAUCCACAUUCUGAAUGCACAAGUUAAUAGGAUUAGAACUACUUAGAAACUUGUUGAAACUUUUUCUCAUCUCCAUCGACAUCUCCAUCCAGUUUUUGGCAUUACAUGAAUCAGGUAGUCGACAUGGGCCAGACAAUUGAAAUCAGCGUGACGAAGGACGAUUUGGGAAGGAAACAAGGCUAUGGGAAGAUACGAGAGAAUGGUUACGAUUAUGAAGGGAAAUUUGUAGACGACUUUAAGGAGGGCGAGGGCGUGCUUACAUGGCCAGACGGGCGGGUGUAUUCGGUAUUUCUGAAUAGUAAUCUUUUUUUCGUGGGGCUAUUUACGCUCUAUUUGAAUAACCGAAUUCAUUUUUAUUUUUCAGUAGUGUAGGAUCAUUAUUCUGUAGUUAUCUAUAAUGAAAUUGCAAUCUAUGGUCCUUUCGUUCGUAUCGCAGGGUCAAUUCGUAGGGGGUAAGUUCGAGGGUAAGGCGUCCAUGUCCUGGGCCGACGGCAGACGGUACGAGGGAGAAUAUCAUGUAGGACGAAAGCACGGUUACGGCGUUUUCCUUUGGCCAGACGGACGAAAAUACACCGGUCAAUGGCUCGAUGGUAGGAGACACGGGCAAGGUACUAAGAAAGGCAGCAAAGUGAUAUCAUGUGACACUCAGUCUAAGUCUGGUGGUGAGUCAUUUGCCUCACUGUUCAUGAUAUGAUUGAAAUAGUGAGUCGUAAUUUGAUGUCUAUCUGGAAUAGAAUCUCCAUCCUAUCGCUUUGAUAAUCAUACAGGUACGUAUACGAAUGCGAAAGGCGAAACCCGCUCAGGAAAAUGGGAUAAUGAUCGACCGGUUUCCUGGGACACCAAUGCAAAUGGCAAGUAACUACUACUUGUUGGCGCGCCUACUAGAGUGGAUUCGAAAUAUUCCUCUAGCUCUGGUCUCUACUUUUAGGCUGCGUCGAGGAGGUGAUUUUGUGCUGGUCUACACAGCCGCUUUGGAUAACAAUGACGACGUUUGGAUUUUCGAAAAAUCAUAAGCGUCGUAGAACAUCGCAGAUAUUAUUUAUGCAUUAUUCGAUCCUGCGUGGACACCUGUAUCAUAUAUGACAUGGGAAAUGGGAUUGGCAUCAAGACGACAGGCAUAUGGGAAUAGUUUUUUUUUUGCCGAAAACUGAACGCUGAUUACACUCGCCUUUGGUUUACGUAGAUACCAUCCUUUAAAUGGAGUCGCGCAACGAUGUGUUUUUAUGAAGUCUCUGUAGGAAACAAAAUGUAUCAAUCGAUAGACAUGACAGUUCUGUCGCCGAUGCAACGCCUCG